AUGGGCCUAUUGGACGAUGUUUGGAACAUGUAUCCGCUCUAUGCGAACCGAGUGAAUGGGGAAUGGGUACUGGCGUUCAACGGAGAGUCACUGGAGGGAAAACAGGGAGAGAUGAGCAUUGACGAAUUUUUGAUGACCACUCUACGGGACAGCACCAAGGUCGAUCCAGCUUUUUCGUUCAGCUUCGUG